AUGAAAGGCAUUUCUUUCGCGCGCGGCAGGUUUUUCGUUAUUCCUCCGCAUUUGCUGUGCUUCUCCUGGGCCGAGGGCGAGUUGCUUCUGCGGCACAAGCAACAAGCACUGAUGGGGACACGGAGGAGGUCAACUGCUCCUCGAGGGCGAAGAAAUUCUUCCGCCCAGAGCCAGCUCAACCGGCGACAAUCCCAGUGGAGUGUUCAGGCGGAGAAGAAGCCGACGCUUGCUCGGUGGGCUUGGAUCAGCGCUGGUUGCCUGUUGAUCUUGGGCGUCUCGCUGCGCUUGGCGACUAGUAAUGCCAAGACCGCAGUCGUGCCGGUGCUCAAGCACGACGAGGCGGCGUGUGCUGAUGGUUGCUGGUGGGACGUAGAGUGCGCUCACUCGCACUACCGACCUAAGGUGGAGGGCUGCCACCCGACCGCCUGCGGACGCUUUGCGAAGCACGGCUUCCUCGACAAGCCGUCGGUGAGGCGCUUGAUCGCCAUGGCGGAGCGGGGCAUGGCGGGCUGCGGAGACGACGUCCGAUCCGGCCGGAGCGGGGCGGGCGGAGGUCCGUGCAUCAUGGAUGUCAACAGCGGCUUCGUCAGGGCCUCGGGCGGGGAUAUUCGAAAUAUUUACGAGGGGGAGGAGGACAACGGGCUCGAGAGGCAGCCUCUGUACUCCGCUGAUGAUUACAAGUUCUACGGAGAAACGAUCGAGCGGAUCAGGGCCAAGGUGCAAGACUUGUUCGGCCUCGGUUUCCUUAAGUUCACCGCUCCGACUUUCAUCACGCGCAUACAGGGCCGAGAAGGCUGGCAGCCCAAAUCCGCUCAUGAUGAGUACUGGCACCUCCACGUCGACAAGAACAACACCCCGCACUACGACUACAGCGGUCUUCUCUACCUCAGUGAAGCCGGCGUGGACUUCGAGGGAGGGCUAUUUUCCUUCCAAGAAACAAAUGAAUCCCCUCCUGAAAUGAUCAUCGAGCCUGCACCAGGUCUUCUGUUGGCCUUCACGGCAGGGAUGGAGAACCCACAUCGGGCACACAAGGUCACCACCGGGACUCGAUUCGUGCUGUCCUUCUGGUUCACUUGCGACAAGAGAAAAGAGUUCUCCUAGUUCUUGGACGGAAAGAUACACAGGCGCUUUGACGGCGGCGCUAGACAAGAGUAAGGAUGAUGGAAAAUAGACAAGAAUAAUGAUGGUGGAAAACGGGUAGGAAAGGCUUUGCAGGAUAUUGUCGGUGUGGAUGAAGUAUGAAUGAAGUAGGAAUUGAGGUAGUCCAGUCGAUUGCUGGGUGCUAUCUACUUGCUAUACGUUGACAUGUGAAUAGUCAGUCUUCUAGAUGCAUUUCCAUCAUUCUCGCCUUUUGCGCCAAGAGUACAUGCUGUGGAUCAUUUGUUGUACCCAAAGCGAAAUACUGAUGAAGGGGAUGUGUUUUGCAGCAGGGGGCAGUGGGCAGAACUUGAAGGAGACGUAUGCAUUUCUUGUCUUUUCUUAGCAUAGUCCUCUCGAGUUAUUGUCGGAGUGUUGCUGGGUCUACAUUGCGCGUGUCGAUGCCUUUGCCGUGAGGAGGGAUUGCUGAAUUCGUGUCUAUCUGAGUGCCAUAUCUUAUGGAAACAGGUUUUGCAGGUCUCUUGCCCUCGAAGGUUAAGGUUUGGUCAGCGGGGUCGCUGAUCGACGGCUGCGUGGUCCAUGCUUCUGAAUUGAAGUGACUCGUUGAUGCCACGACACGGCAUAAGAAAGAAAUAUGGGUGACGUCUAUGGUGAGAUUGCUGGUGCGCACAUCCUUGCCAAUCCCAAUUGUCACCCCGAUGAUAGAGGUAUGGCGACAUCCCAGGGGACAGUUACUCGUUCUACCUCUACCGAAGCCCGACGGCAGACCUCAGUGUGAGUAUUAUAGCUAUCUGUCUUUCGUUCAUUGAUUUUGACGUCGGUUACGAAAGUGUCCGUGGGCAGUUACAAGUGUACCCGUUUCUUUUGUCAGGUUGUCUAUGAUGAGACCGGUUGUUGUUGUUGUUGCUUUUGUUGUUGUUGUUGUU